GCAGGAAAAGCAUGCCUCGCAAGAACAGCAACAGGGUGGCGAACGUAAAGAAGAGGGCUCGUCGUCCCAAGGGGCGGCCGCCGGAGCGGGCGUGGGCGCAGACAUUAGCGCAGAUGAAAGCAGCAGCGGCAGCGGCGGCGCGGAGAAAGUCCCUUCGCACUCGGGGAGGCGAAACGUUUGUGCGCCUUCGAAACGGCGGCUUCAGUAACAGCUGCGGGCCCAUCUGCUUGUUGCAACAUGCGAUGAGUGAUAGCCUCCCGAUUGCUACCAUCGAGAGAGCCACCAAUGGCGAGAUCGCGUCUGAGGUACGAGGCGCCCUGCGGUACAUUCGCGACAUCACCGUCGACACCUCGCACGGCCACACCCUGAGUGUGCUCGACCCCGACGAGGAGCGUGAGGUUCACGGGUUCGAAGAUCUGGUGGAUUCCGCAGAGCGCGACAUCCUUUCGAAGCCGAUGUGGGACAAGAUCAUGCGCUGUCCGUACGGCUACUUCGAUGGCAGGGCGAUGAUGAUCGGGGCGGACGCUUUGGGUCUAGAUGGUCUUCUGAUAGUUCGGGUGGACAGCGCUGGAUUUUUGGUGGCGAUGGAUGGGAUGACGACCCCAGUUGCCGAAGCGAAGCAUCUCGUCCUUUGGGACGGGUACGCUCACUUCGAAGCCCUUUUUCCUGACGAAGAGGUGUACCCGGUCUUCCCCGAUCUCGGCGAGGAGUUCUUCUUCGACGGACACGCGCAGGCGGAGGAAAUCGUUGAUGUCGAGGAACUGCCCCCGGUGGCCGACAUCGUCGACGAGUGGGAUAAGUACCUCUCAACCAGUACAACCAGCACGCGUGGCGUAGACGAAAGCGUUGUCGCCACCAACAGCAACGCAGGUCUUGCUUCGCACGUGGUGGAUCACGCGGGAGGACACGCCUCAUCUUCGCCAGCAGGCAUCCUAUUCGCGUACACGGGCUUCGCGCCUGGCUUACCGGGCGAGUCCCGCCGGUGCAGACUCAUCCGCGGCAGGCGUUAUCGCGCCGGGACAUCAAGUGGAUUGAGCCGACAGGCGUUGCGGAGGACCGCGGCAUCCGUCCGCCAGAUCCUCGCCAUGAGGCAUCCGCCACCGGAGCCACCUGCCUGUCGUUGGACCAACAAGUCGGUCGUGCUUGGCGCCGUGUACAUCACGUCCGUCAUGGCACCUGCGCUCUCGUGCGGGUUUGCGAUAGCUCCCAUCAUCUUCGUGUCCAUGCUCAUCUGGGCAGCCGUCGGCUUUUUCCUGACAAGGUUCAGGAUUCCGCUAUAA